UGCUGUUCGAUUUUUCUUUCACCUCUGAAAAAUGAUCAACAGUAAUUUGAAAACCAAUUAAAUAUGUGAUUGAGGACACUUUGCGACUCAAGGACAUAAUUAAAUGAUUAAAAAAAGAAUUAGAGAAACUCUUAUGCGUUUCAUUGGAUGAAAAUUCAGUGCCUAUAUUCAAUCAUUGCCCAAUCCAAGCUAAAGAAUAUUGUAAGAAUGGUGGGGAAUGCUUUUACGUGGCAGGCGACCCAAGUGUUUAUAUGUGCAGUUGUUUUAUGCCUUUCUAUGGGCCACAAUGUGAAUAUAAAGCUCCAAGUAGAGAUAAACAACUGGAUUUAGAAGAUAUAAGAAAAAGUGUAGAUGAUGACGACACCAGUGAUGGCGUCUUAAUAAAGCGAUCAGUAGACCGUGCAAUGACACUGACAGCACUUAUCUUUAUAGCUGUCACUUUUCUUGGGAUGGUAAUAUUAGCUUGGUACCUUUCAAGACGUCGACGUAAAGAUUUUGCACGAUGGAAAAGAAUGACAGAAUUAGCAAUGAAGUCUAAUUGUAUUGAAAAGCUCGAUAAGCAAACUCAAAUAACGUUGGAAUAUUCUGAAGGUGCAAAAGAAACCACUUCAUUGAUCCAAUCAACUCAUUCAUCAUUAACUAAGAGUAAUUAUCCUUGUGAUGGCAAUGCCCAGAAGGCAGAAUAUGAAACAAAUCAACAGAUAGAAACACAAUUUGAAUUGGUUAAACCAUCAGCGGAAGAGUUUCUGUAUCAAAAGGAAGAGAAUGAUGGCAGUUCUAGUGAUAAAAUAUAUCAAGAUAUGGAUUUAGUGGAUGAUGGAAAAUCACCAGGAGUUAUUGAAAAUAAAAAUACUAUUGAGCCUACAACUUAUGAAAGGGAGGAGAGUGAACCCAGGAAUAAUGACAAUUCUGUUUCUGCUACCGCUAUUGCAGAGAUAAAAUCUGAUCUACAAACAAAACCAAGUGAAAAAAGAAGGACAAAAAGUAAAAAAAAAGCACCAUUGCCUAAUUCACCACAUUUUGCUCAUAAUCAGCUGCCUAAUAAUCCUCAAGUAAUUGAAGAAACCGAGGAGAAAUUCCCGCAUGGUACAGCAUCUAUCAGUGCAAAUGAGGAAUAUAAAGGUUUAAUUGAUGAUCAGGAAGGGAAAGGUGUCAUUAUUUCAAAUAGUCCACAAAGAAUAGAAUCAAUCAAUAAAUAUAAUAAGCCAGUACAACAACUACUUAGUCAUAAUACUGAUCAUCCAAAAAAACAUUCACCAAUAAGAAGUCAGUUUAAUGUCAACCAACCACUAGAUCACGUGACCAGUCAUACUAUUGGUCGAGAUGUAGUAUUAACCAAUCCAAUUCAUAAUCCUACAGCAAAUAUACUAAGCAGUGCAAUAUUAGACAGACCAUAUAUUAACGCAGAUGAAAUUCAUACUUUAUUUAAUCGCAAUAUCCCCAAUGUUGUUACACCAGUUGGAUGCCAUCAAGAUUUUGGAUAUGUUAAUCCACUCCAUACGAAGAUCAGUUCAACAUUACCACGUGACUAUCGGUCCAAUAGCAAUACUGAUAGUGGUAGAAGUAAUCCAAGAUAUGCUGACCAGCCAUCAAAUUGGUUAAAUGCAGAAUAUCUUAAAGAUAUUAUAAGCGAUAAGAUAUUACGUGGACCACAUGAACCAUUUGUUGUUGCGUCACAACAUGAUGCUCUUUUGUCAGAAUUAUUAAAUCGUGGUAAAGAGUCAAGGGUUGUAGAACCACGUCCAAAGAGUACAUUUUAA